ACGUGUAGACCAUCAUGCCUGUUGUGAGAGAUAAAAGUAUUAGAAAGCUCAAAAUGCUUAAAAAGAAGAAGAAAAGAAAGCUGAACGAGGAGACUGCUACCACUAAUGAGGUAGACACUCAAGUUGUUGAAAGCCAGGAGAAGGAAAAGCAGUUAGAAAAGGAAGAAGUCACUGAUGCUUGUGGAGAGGAAACUGAAGCUAAAGAAAAGAUUGUUGAGGAAACUGAAGACUGCUCUUCUACUAAAAAGAAAAGAAAGAUAGAGGAACAAGGAAGUGGUGAGUUGAAAUAUAACUGUAUGAUUGGAAAUAAAUGUUUUAUCGUCAUUAAUAAAGUUACCAAAAACAUUAAUGAAUUAAGAAAACCAUACAUCUAG